AUGGGUGACGAAAGUAUAUCCUGCUUCAUGCUUUAUGUUCUCCUGCUCUGCACAUCUCUGAAGACCCAUUUCUCUUUGGGAGCCAAUGACAUUUAUCUUGGCAACUCAUUGUCUGGCGACCAGACCAUAGUCUCAACUGGUGGAGAAUUUGAGCUGGGCUUCUUCAAUCCAGGUAAUUCUUCAAACUUCUAUAUAGGCAUCUGGUACAAGAAAAUUUCUUUACAGACUGUAGUAUGGGUGGCAAACAGAGACAAGCCUCUCUUUGAUAAAUACUCCUCGGAGCUGAGGAUCUUGGAUGGUAAUUUAGUUCUUUUAAAUGGGUCUAAAAACCAAGUAUGGUCUACAAAUUUAGAUUCCAAUACUUCAAAUUCUACUGAAGCGGUUCUUUUGGAUAACGGAAAUUUUGUUCUGAGAGAUGGGCCAAAUUCGUCUACAACAAUAUGGCAAAGCUUCCAUUUCCCGACAGAUACAUGGCUUCCAGGUUCGAAGCUUGGACUGGAUAAGCGCAACAAUAGGACACAGCUCCUUACUUCGUGGAAAAAUUCGAAUGAUCCUGGUACUGGAAUCUUCACUCUUGAACAUGACCCGGAUGCGUCAGAUCAGUAUAUAAUAGUGCGGAAUAUGACCAAGCAGUAUUGGACCAGUGGGGAGUGGAAUGGGCAUUUUUUCAGUUUGAUUCCUGAAAUGAGAUCGAAUUUUAUAUACAAUUCAAUACAAUUUAACUACAGCUACGUAACGAAUGAAAAUGAGAGCUAUUUUACAUAUUCAUACCCUAAUACUUCCAUUAAAUCAAGAACUGUUAUGGAUUUAUCUGGGCAGGCCAAGCAAUUGUCCUGGUUGGAGACCACGCAGCAGUGGUAUCUGUUUUGGUCCCAGCCUCGACAGCAAUGUGCAGUGUAUGCUCUUUGCGGGCCAUUUGGUAUUUGUGAUGAGAACAUUGAUAAAUUAUGUGGCUGCCUGCCGGGCUUUGUCCCAAGCUCCCAGAAGAAUUGGAAUUUGAGUGAUUGGUCCGAAGGUUGUAAAAGAAAUGCCAAUUUGCAGUGCGGUAAUAAUGCCUCUAAUAGCCGAAAAGACCAGUUUUUGCCUAGGCCUAAUGUGAGGUUGCCCGUGAAUCCACAGGAAUUGCAGGCAAAAAGUUUCGAAGAAUGUGAAUUGGCAUGCCUGAGCAACUGCUCUUGCACUGCCUACGCCUAUCACAAUGGUGGGUGCUCCAUCUGGAUGGAAGACUUGUUUAAUCUGCAGCAAUUUCCAAAAGAUGACAAUAAUGGAAAAACUCUCUUUGUUAGAGUUGCCCCAUCUGAAUUCCCUGCUCACAGUGGAAGUAAGGAAGAAGUUGCCAGUAUAGUUGUGGGUUCGGCUGCAGUUGUAUUGGCUCUCUUCAGUCUUGUUUUGGUCUUGUGCCUUUGGAGGAGGAGAUCGGUCAGAUCAACAAAAGACGUAGAGGGGUCAUUGCUGGUAUUUCGGUACACGGACCUGCUAGCUGCGACAAAAAAUUUCUCGGAAAAAUUGGGGGGAGGAGGUUACGGCUCUGUUUUCAAAGGGAUAAUGCCUGAUUUUACUGUUGUAGCUGUGAAGAAGCUUGAAAGCAUCAACCAAGGAGAGAAGCAAUUCCGAACAGAAGUCAGCACAAUUGGGACCAUCCAACAUAUUAAUCUAAUUCGGCUUCGGGGAUUUUGCUCUGAAGGCACUAAGAAGUUGUUGGUCUAUGACUACAUGCCAAAUGGGUCACUAGAUUCUCAUCUCUUUCAUAAGAAAGAUUCAUCCAAAGCGUUGGGCUGGAACAUAAGGUUCCAGAUUGCAGUGGGGACAGCAAGAGGACUGCUUUAUCUGCACGAGAAGUGCAGGAACUGCAUAUUACACUGCGACAUAAAGCCUGAAAACAUUCUUUUAGAUGCUGGGUUCUAUCCUAAAGUGGCAGAUUUUGGCCUUGCAAAGCUUGUUGGUCGGGAGUUCAGCCGUGUCUUGACGACUAUUAGAGGCACGAGAGGCUAUCUUGCGCCAGAAUGGUUUUCAGGUGUGGCAAUUACAGCCAAGGCCGAUGUUUACAGUUAUGGAAUGAUGCUUUUCGAACUGAUAUCUGGAAGACGAAACACUCAGCCACUCGAAAAUGGAAAUCACAAGUUCUUCCCCCUUUUGGCUGCAACCAAAAUAGCUGAAGGCAACGACAUCCUUAGCCUACUAGACCAUAAGUUGGAUGGAAAAGUAUAUGCAGAAGAGCUAGAAAGAGUUCUUAAAGUCGCUUGCUGGUGCAUCCAAGAUGAUGAAACUCAUAGGCCAUCGAUGAGUCAGGUGGUUCAAAUUCUUGAAGGGAUUUUGGAUGUUGAGCAACCAAAGAUCCCAAGAUCUCUCCAAAUGCUUGUCGAGAACUCAGAGCACAUAGAUUUCUUUGCCGAGUCAUCUUCAAGCCAAGGUGUGCAAGAAAGUUGCGAUGCCUCAGCUGCUUCCUCUUACGCCAAGUACGUCACUGGCAUUGAGUUUUGAAGAACGACACUUGAAAAUGUGCACCACCUUGGAAUUUGGUCAAAGUUCAUAAUUCUUGUUUUUCUAUCAGUGGGCGACGAUUUGCUCUUUCUGUGUAAUAAGUUUAAUGCUUUUGUGUUUUACUUUUUGUUAUAUUAGUUUGUAUUUAGGGUCCGUAAAAUUACGGUUUUGUCCCUAGGUAUUUGUAUAUAUAUUCACUGUUUUGUUUCCUAUUAACAAUAAUAAUGAAAAUUGUAUUUUUCAUUUCUUGAUAUGGUAUUAGAACCAAAUCGUGGCGGGAGCCUGCACGCGUUUUGAUUCUUUU